UGCCGAUCGCGUUGCCUUAAAUUCUCCACUAUUUCAUGACUUAUUGUUAGAGCAAUGACAAAUUCACAAUUAUAAAUAACCAUUUUCAAACAUGAAUCCUUUAAGGCUUUAACCUUCAUCUCAUUUACACUGUCCUCUCUCCCUUUCUCUGAUCCCUUUGGAGUUAUUUUUGGAAGUCAUGAGUCACUACGACCAACAACAAGCACCUGUGGCAUAUCCCCCACCAGUGACAGCAUAUCCAGCACAGCGUACUUAUGUUGCACCACCACCACCAAUUGGUUAUCCCACCAAGGUCGACUCUGGCUAUCCCCAAUACACUGCUCCAAUAGAAACUACAACAAGGGGUGAUGGAUUUUGGAAAGGAUGUAUUGCUACCCUGUGCUGCUGCUGGAUCUGUGAAUCGUGCUGUUUCUGAGACUAUAUAUUCAAUAUUUUAUCUCCUUAGAACAGAAAAAUAAUUGUAGCAAUUUGAAGGCAAAGCUGAUACCAGUACAGGAUUUGAGAAUAUGUAAUUGUUACCAUUUUCGGGUGUAAUUAUUUGGAAUAAUAUGGUGAUUAUGUCUAUAUUUAUUAUGGGAGGAUAAAGCGCGUGUUUUUGCGUUAA